GAGCCGCCUUUGUUAUCAACUAUUAUUACACGCAUCGAUGUUCUUCAUAUCAAUUUGUAAUUAAAAAAAAAUACAAAUUAAGAAGGUGGAUGGCUUAGUAAAUAUAUCAAUUUCAAGACCGUGUGCCUACUUUAUUGGAAUUGUGAGUCACCUGUGACGUAAAUAUGACAAAGUUUAUUUUGUAAUGGGAACCCUUAAAGUCCUCAGCGGCAUCAGCACUCUAAAAACUUGUUGUUCAACGCUUCUCUCCACCUACUCAUCUCGGGGUCCACAAACGUUGUCAUCUAACCAUUCAGACUGGUCAUUGUUUGAUAAGUGUCCAACUACAAGAAGGAGCUACAGCAAAAGCAGCUCAUUUCUUAAAUCUCAGUCAAAUUUAUUGUCUGAUGACCAGAGAAAUGUGCACAACAUUCCCAAGGGUUCAACAUUGCUACCGCCAUCCUUGGCAGCAAGGCUUGGCGGACUACAACAAUUCAGCAGAGCUUCGAAACCUAAAACUGCAAAAGAGAAAGAGAACAAAGAUGAAGAAAACACGACACAUGAUAGUAAUCAUAAGUCAAUCAUCACCUUUUCCAAAUUGAGGGAGGAAGUUUUAGCAGAGCUAAAUCACGUUGAGAAGGUGGCAGGUGUAAAGUGGGUAAAGUUUCCGUAUUUGUCAAAGUUGCUAAAAGGCCACCGCCGAGGGGAGUUGACUAUUUUAACCGGCCCCACAGGAAGUGGAAAAACCACUUUUCUUAGCGAGUACUCCCUUGAUUUGUGUACACAAGGGGUGACGACCUUAUGGGGCAGCUUUGAAAUCCGAAAUGUUCGAUUAGCUAAAACUAUGUUGAUGCAGUUUUCAGAAACAAACCUUGAAAAGCACGUGGAUGAGUAUGAAAAAUGGGCAGAUAAAUUUGAGCAGUUGCCUCUCUAUUUUUUGACCUUCCAUGGGCAGCAAAGCGUAAAAGAUGUUGUUGAAGCAAUGACGCAUGCUGUCAAGUUUCAUGACAUUGCACAUGUGGUGGUUGACAACCUACAAUUUAUGCUUGGAGUGUCAGAUGGUUCGACAAAAAACAUGGACCGAUACUGGAGACAAGACCUAAUUGUAGCUACUUUUAGGAAAUUUGCCUCCAUGAAUAACUGUCAUGUCACCCUUGUGAUGCAUCCACGGAAGGAAAGUGAUGGUGUAGAAUUAUCGAACAAUUCAAUUUUUGGGGGAGCUAAAGCAUCUCAAGAAGCUGACAACAUAUUAAUCUUACAAGACAAAAGACUAACUUCCCCCCGAGGGAAGAAAUAUCUUCAAGUUACAAAAAAUAGAUUUAGUGGGGACUUAGGAAUGUUUACUCUUGAAUUUAAUAGAGACUGCCUUAGCUAUGCGACGAAAAAGAAACCUCGGUCGGACCAAGUGUUAUUGAAACCUAAACAUAAAGACAAAAAUGAUGGAGAUUCUAAUAAUAUUAGCACGACCAGUAGUGAUACACAGAUCUAUGAGUGAUAACCUCAGUUCCCCCUUCACUAGUCCUCAUUAUAGUAAUAGUAAUGUUAAUCUAGGAAACGUGUAAUUAAAAUGUAUAUGAGACAGUGCCAAAAGUGCUUCAUUGAUUUAUGGUAGGUUAUUUAUUACUUCAUGAUUUAAUAAGACUUAAUAAAUUCAUUUAUAAGUUUGUAAAAGUACAAGA